UUCGCUCUCGGAUAUUACGUAUGCGGAAGUUCCAGGCCGCCACCGCGACCCUAGUUUGAAAGCUUUUCACAUGGAGCUUUAGUUUGUCUUUUCCAUCCACCAAACCGUCACAUUCAUCAUCUGUACCCCAGUGUGCCGGUGUCUGCUCCGGGACUGGCUUCGGUGUACACUUCCACGCCACAGCUCAUCUAUCCGCCCGCGUUUACCUCCAAACAGGUCACGGAGCCUGCGGUCUCCUGAACUCCCAUCACAGCCCCGGUGUGAGUCCCGGUGUGAGUCCCGGUCACGAUGGUGGUGCUCAGACACCUUCCUCCACCCACCGAGGGUGUGCGGCACGAACAGAGCGACACCACGGCGGUGCUGGGCGGACAGCGGCUCGGCUGCGGGACCCUUUACAUAGCAGAAGCGCGCCUGUCGUGGUUUGACGGCUCCGGCCUUGGCUUCUCUCUGGAGUACCCCUCCAUUGGCCUGCACGCCAUCUCCAGAGACGUGAGCGCCUACCCCCAAGAACACCUCUAUGUGAUGGUCAAUGGCAACCUCAACGAAGAAAAUGAAUCGGAAAUGCCUGCAGACGAUGAUGACGAUAGCGACAGUGAAGAGGUCAAGGCCAUCACAGAGAUCCGAUUUGUGCCCUCAGACAAGAGUGCAUUGGAGCCCAUGUUCAGUGCCAUGUGCGAAUGCCAGGCGCUGCACCCGGACCCCGACGACCAGGACUCGGAUGAGGACUUUGAGGGCGAUGAGUACGAUGUGGAGGAGGCGGAGCAGGGCCAGGGGGACGUGCCCUCCUUCUACACGUGUGAGGAGGGUCUGUCUGCGCUGACACCAGAGGGACAGGCCACACUGGACAGACUGGAGGGCAUGCUCGCCCAGUCUGUGGCACAACAGUACCACAUGGCAGGGGUCCGCACAGAUGAGUCCACCGGCCAGUUUGAAGAUGGCAUGGAGGUGGAGGCAGAGGUGGGGCAGUUUGAGGAUGCAGAUGUGGAUCACUGAGCCCAGGCGAGCUCUGAGGGCCGGCCCACUGGACCUCUGACCUGAGUGCUCCAUGUGAAUGUUUUGUAUUUGAGGACAAUUUUGAGUCUGCCUGAAUAAAUUCUGUUCGAGUUUGUAUGGAAAUUUAAAUAAAAAGCACUUGUUUUGUAAGA